AUGUUCAAGAUUAAGGGCAGGGCCAAAGAAGAGAAUUACAAUAGUGGAGGGUCAUCGCAUUCUCCCAGCUCAGCUUCAGAUGAGCCCUAUGGGAUAUUCUAUGUCGCCAACAAAGUACCUACUCCAGAACAGACCAUUGACGUGGUUGCUAUUCACGGUCUUGGGGGACAUUACGAGAACACCUGGACGCACAGUAAGACUAAAAAGAACUGGCUCCGCGAUUUCCUGCCUGAUCAAAUGCCCGAGUUCCGAGUAAUGUCAUGGGGGUAUAAUGCAAGGGUGUUAGGAAGCAAAUCUGUUGGCACCGUGAAACAUUUUGCCCGAAGCCUUCUUACAGACCUAGCCAGCUGUAGAAAUACAGAGGAGCUCCGGGUUAGGCCGUUGAUAUUCAUCUGUCACAGCCUAGGGGGCAUAGUGUUUAAGAAAAUGCUUGUUCUUGCGAACGAUCAGAGCGAUCUCUAUGGAUCUGCUGUGGAACACGUCAAAGCAGUGCUAUUCCUGGGCGUCCCACACGCUGGAUCAGACGCAGCCUCUAUGGUCAGCUUCCUGGGCGACAUAGCAAGCCUUGCUACCGGCGGUAACUCGAAUACAGAGCUGCUGAAUUCCCUUGAGCGAGACGGAAAGGAGCUUUACGAAAUCUCCCAAGCAUUUGUUGAACGCGCCAAACGUCUUUUAGUUAUAUACAGCUUCGUUAUAUACAGCUUCGUUGAGCUAGAGAGGACAAAAGGACACGUAAUAGUUCCAGAACGAUCUGCCGCGACUUUGCUCUACAAUGAGGAUCUUGUUCCCCUUGAUCGGAACCACUCGACCGUGUGUAAAUUUGAAUCGCCCACAGACAACCAGUUCGGCCGGGUUUUGCUGAAAUUACAGGCCAUUUCAAAGCAAAUCGCAGGACUGCAAUCCAUGCCAGAUAAGUCAUCCGCCGCAUUACAAGAAGAACUUCUCGAGAGCCUCGGAAAAUAUAGUCGUAAUCCUCGACGAUACGGCAUAUCUGACGAGUACCAGUCCACUUUCGAAUGGAUAUGGCAACCAAACCUUGACGAAAGCAAAGAAACCGGCUUUGUUGAGUGGCUGGAGUCUGGUUCUGGGUCGUUCUGGAUUUUUGGAAAACCAGGUUCUGGGAAGUCAACGCUAAUGAAAUAUAUUUACGAAGAUCAGCGUACGACGAGCCUACUUCGGAAACAAGACAGUGACAUUAAACAAGCCAUGUUCUGUUUCUUCGAGAUGGGUGAACCUCAGGAGAAGGAGUUCCUUGGUUUCCUUCGGUUUUUGCUUUACCAGCUCGUUGAUAAUUUCCCUUCACUCGCCAUUCCAAUUUUGAAGAUCUUCCAAGAAAUUAAAAUACAGGCGGUAGAGAAGGAUCCCAAGAUGCUGGCUUGGAGUCGAAGUGAUACCUGUCGGGCUUUGAAAGAAAUAUCUCGUCAACACACUGUCACCGGGAAGAUAUGCCUAUUUGUUGAUGCACUCGACGAGUGUGACGAGGGAGCUAUCCAAAGAGAUGACAUCGACUAUAUGGUAAGCCUCCAGAGCUGGAAAGGGAUAACAAUCAAGCUAUGCCUAUCUAGCAGAACUGAGACAUUCAUUCACUCUCGUCUCAACAAGUUUCCUGGGUUUCCAUUGCAGGCGUGGACAUCAAACGACAUUGCAAAGUACGUUUCACAAGAGUUAAAAAAGGCCUAUGGGAGGAUUGAUGCAAAAGCAUCAAGCGGACCCGACUCUAAGAUCAUAGACUCGGUGGUCAAGAAAGCCGAAGGUGUUUUUCUUUGGGUCAAGCUUGCAGUGAUGGAACUUACCUACGCCAUAGAAAGCUUUAGUGACGAGGAAGAUAUCCUCAAACUAUGCGCGCUAGAUGAACGACAGGGCCCUCUUACAUUGCAAUCAUUAUAUUUUGUUAAGGAAGGCGCUCAAAAAGCAGCAGUCCGAAAAAUUGCCACCAUUCCCGUUGAGGUAAAAAUCACAAGAUGCCACCACAUGAGAGGUCACGUAGCUCACUGCGCGAGAAACUUGAUUCAAGUGAACGAGUGCGAUCGACAAUGGUCUCUCUUUGCUGACGGCCCUGACGAUGACGAAAGCUCCGUGAGCUCAUAUAGUUCGGACGAUGGCCGUAACCCCAAUUUCGAUCGUCUACUCGAAGCAGACGUUUCGUUUGUGCAUAGAAGUCUGUGGGAGUAUAUGAAAAGUGAUUCUGGGUGGUCAUCGGUCGUUCAACGAGCCAAUGCGGGAUUGCUCACGGAUGGUCUGUUGUCCUUGAUGCCGUGCCAUCUGUCCUUUUAUAAGACCGAAAUGGGAGAAGUGACUACUGAUGGACGCGGGGAGGGGAAGGAAAUUUCUGUUUAUCAAAGCAUGCAUUACUUGAUCGCUUGUAUACAUGAGGCAGCCGCCAGAGGCACCUUGUACUCCGAAUUUAUGGAUGCUAUGUUCACUGGAUUCGAACAGGAAGAAUCUUGGCAAACCCACUGGUUUCAUCGGGAAGCUUGGGGCUGUAACAGUCUAGCGGAUGAGUUUUUAGGACGUUCUGCCUGGCAAUAUCUUGUCUAUGAAAUUUAUGAACGACUCCAGUACAGAAUUACUUCCUCGCCCGGAUUGGAACUACUCACGAUUGCACUGCAAGCAGGUGCGAAGAUGCAUCAACUUAUUCCUCAAACGAGUAUUAAUUGGUGUCUAUUUCCGCGAAGUCCUUGGUGGGAUUUAUCACCUCCAGAAGAAGAGAUUCCAGCUGAAAAGCAUGCCCAGCAAGAUUACAUGCCAUGUAAUCCCCUUCAAUUAUUUCUUACCAGUUUUAACAGGCUUACCAUUGAAUUUUUGGUUGAGGUCGCGAAGAAAAUGCUAGAACAUGGGCUAGACCUCCAGAGUCAAAACCAGGACGGGUUAACUGUGCUUGAAUGCAGUUCUCGCUGCCGACUGAGAACACACACGAAUAGAAACUGGAGCCGUGACUAUGGGCUACGAAUUGAUCACCACUUUCCGCAAUCAAGAAAGUCACCGCUUGUUAUUCCCCUGUCUAGAGAGGACUAUGAGACAGAAACUUGGAAUUUGGCGCCGAUUCUUCUGCACCUCUGCGAUGAGAUAAAAGACUCUUCUCCUAAAACCACUGUCCUGGAUUUGUACCGCCAAAUAAAGAGCAGAAUUGAAAAAUCCAGGAAGAAAGACCGAAAAUCUUUUCCCAUCUUUCCUCUAGAUCCGGGCCGCAUACGCGAGGGUGGUGUAAUACGAGCCCAAGAAGACGCUCGAGAUGAAAUCGAGAGGAGAAGAAACGACAAUGAAGCCACCAAGGCAUUGUCGGAGCUUUUAUCAAUACUCGAAGAAGUAGGAUAA